CCGCGCGUCCCCAUCCGUCCUAGAACAAUUCACUCAAUUUUCUCGUCAAUGUUCAUGUCGCGCGCGGGUACAUUAGGGUUCGGCGCCGGUGCGUCGUCAGCCUCUGUACCCUCUUCCGGCAUUCACUGCAACGACGGAUUCUGAAUUCUUAGGGAGCUGCGCUAUCGGGUGGGGUUUUGCUCGGUGUCACGGCUGUAAACACCUAACGCUCAUAAUUUUGUGUGUGUGUGUGUGUGGAGGUUGCAUGAUGCAUUAUUACUACACACAUCUCUGUCAGGUACUCAGGUCCUCGUGCGUAUAUAUAUGAAUGUGUGGUUCCAUACUUGCAUCCUCGCCAUAGCUGAGUCUCACUGUCGCAUGCCCUGCUCUGCUUUGAGCACCACACGCAUCAAUCACUGGCCACAACAAGGAGCGUGAGCUCCCUGCAUCCAGCCAUGGCAACCACGACGACGACGGUAGGUAGUAAGAAUGGAGAAGGAGAGCAGAAGAGGAGGGAGAAGGGAGGCUUCAAGACCAUGCCAUUCAUACUUGGAAACGACAUCUGCGACAAGUUCGCCUCGACCGGCUUCGGCGCCAACUUUAUCACCUACCUGACGGACCAGCUGCACAUGCCGAUGGUGGAGGCGUCCAUCCUCCUGACCAACUUCGGCGGCACGUCCAGCCUCACGCCCAUCCUUGGCGCGCUCGCCGCCGACUCCUUCGCGGGCCGCUUCUGGACCAUCAUCGUCGGCUCCGUCUUCUACCAGCUCGGCAUGCUCGGCCUCCUCGUGUCCGCGCUCCUCCCUUCGCUGCGCCCCUCGCCGUGCUCCGCUCCUCCCAGCGGCGCCGGAUGCCAGCGCGCCUCCGGGUUGCAGCUCACCGUGCUCUACCUCUCCCUUCUGUGCAAGUCCGUCGGCACCGGCGGGCUCCGGCCCUGCGUCGUGAUGUUCGGCACCGACCAGUUCGACCAUGAGCCCGGCCCCGGGGCGGAGCAGCAGCAGCAGGUGGUCACCGCCGAGGCAGCCGAGGCGGUGGCGGAGCGGAAGCGUCGCUACUUCAACCUCUACUUCUUCGCCAUGGGAGUAGCGUCGCUGCUGGCGCUGACGGUGGUGGUGUACAUCCAGGACAACGUGGGGUGGGGGUGGGGGUUCGGGAUCCCGGCCAUCGCCAUGUUCGUCUCCAUCGUGGUGUUCCUGAUCGGGUACCCGCUGUACGUCCGGCUCAAGCCCGGGGGCAGCCCGUUCACGCGGCUCGCGCAGGUGGCCGCCGCCGCGUUCAAGAAGCGCAACGCCGUCGUACCGGAGGACACCGGCAUGCUGUACCAGGACAAGGAGCUCGACGUCCUCAUCUCCACCAAUGGCAGGCUGCUGCACACCAACCAGCUCACGUUCUUGGACCGGGCAGCGAUAGUGACGCCGGGCGACAUCUCCGCUUCCGGGCAGCUGGACCUGUGGCGUCUGUCGACGGUGCACCGCGUGGAGGAGCUCAAGUGCAUCGUCCGCUUGCUGCCCAUCUGGUCAGCCGGGAUCAUGCUGGCCACCGUUGAAGCGCACGGUCCCUUCACCAUCCUGCAGGCGCGCACCAUGGACCGGCACAUCACCCAGCACUUCGAGAUACCAGCGGCGACCAUGUCGAUCUUCGGGACUAUGGCCUUCCUCGUCAGCUUGGCGCUCUACGACCGCGCGUUCGUGCCCCUGGCGCGCCGCGUCACGGGCCUGCAGUCCGGGAUCACCUACUUCCAGCGCAUGGGCAUCGGGCUCGCCAUCCACAUCCUCGGCGUCGCCACGGCCGCGCUCGUAGAGACCAGGCGCCGCCACGCCGCGGCCGACCACGGGCUCCUGGACAAGCCUACCGCCGUCGUCCCGCUCAGCGUGUUCUGGCUGGUGCCGCAGUUCGCCGUAAACGGCGUCGCCGGCGCCUUCUCGUCGGUGGCGCAACUGGAGUUCCUGUACGACCAGGCGCCCGAGAGCAUGCGCAGUACUGCCGCCGCGCUCUUCUGGCUCUCCAGCUCCAUCGGGCACUACCUGAGCACGGUGCUCGUCACGGUGGUGCAGCGCACCACGCGCGCCCACGGCAACGACUGGCUCCAGGACAACAUCAACCGUGGCAGGAUCGACAACUACUACUGGCUCGUCACCUGCCUCAUGGUGCUCAACCUUGGCUACUACCUCAUCUGCUUCCAAUUCUACACCACCAUGAAGCCAUUGGAAAUGGCAGACGAAAAGGACGACCAUGACGCAGAGUGUGAGCUCUGCGCACUCCAGAAAAAUGGAACCGGUGCAGGAGGUGCGGUGUAAGGUUGAUUUGCGGGUAAUUAAUUAGGGUGGGCGUUAGUCGUUAUUUGUUAAUAUAUUGAUUAGAUACUGCACUACAAGGUUAACGCCACUCUCUGCAUUGCAACAACACAAAAUUGGUUGCGACAGGGGAUAAUAUACCACAAAUAUUUUAGCACGGAGAUUACUACACAUUUCCUUGCAAUAGUUAGGGUUAUUGUCAACAUUUUUAAUUUUGACUGCAACAGGGGACAAUGUGGCCACAAAUAUUUUAGUACGGCGAUUACCAUACAUUUCGUUGGAAGUUAUCGCCACCAUUUUAUAAACUGGUUGCAAGU